AUUUCUUUAGGUUGAAAAUCAAAUUAAAAACAUUAAAAAAAAAAAAAAAAAGCAAACGAACUGUCUUCAUCGUCAAACAACCCAACUCAACCAACCCAAAAUUUAUCAUCAGAAGAUUCACAAUUCGAAAUUUUGAUUCAAAGUUUUUAUUUUUGAUUUCUGAUCUUUGUUUUUCAGCCAUGGAGGUUCCUACUUCAUGGGAUUCCCUUCGCAAACAGGCAAGAAAACUUGAAGCUCAAUUGGAUGAGCAGAUGAACGCUUAUCGUAAAUUGGUUUCUACCAAUGUUUCGACAAAAGGUGAUGCUGCAGAGAGUGAUCUAGAGUCUUGGAUUGAGCGGUUAAUAAAACAACUCCAACAAGUAAACUCACAUAUGCAAGCGUGGGUGUCAUCUGGUGGUUCAGAUAUGGUUUCUCAUACUUUGACUAGACACCAAGAAAUUCUUCAAGAUCUCGCACAGGAAUUUUAUCGUCUCCGCUCAAGUCAUCGAGCAAAGCAAGAACAUGCUUCACUUUUAGACGAUUUUAAAGAAUUUGAUAGAUCAAGAUUAGACUUGGAAGAGGGUGGUGAAUCUGAACAGCAUACACUUCUAAGAGAGCAUGCAGCUAUCAGUCGAAAUACCGGACAUAUGGACGGUGUAAUUUCACAAGCACAAGCAACACUAGGAGCACUUGUCUUCCAACGUUCAACGUUUGGUGGCAUCAAUUCAAAGCUCAGCAACGUCGGCAGUCGCCUCCCUACGGUAAAUAACAUACUGUCGGCAAUAAAGCGAAAAAAGUCAAUGGAUACCCUUAUACUUUCACUUGUGGCAUCUGUAUGCACAUUUCUCAUUUUGAUCUACUGGAUAACCAAAUGAGUUUGUUAAUAUUUGGUUGGUGUUCAACUUUUGUAAACUCUGUUCCAAUGCUGAAAUGAUUUUUUUUAAAGGUAGUGUUUUGUAUUUGUUCAUUUGGGUGUUUAUCCUUGUAAUAGAAGAUGCUGAGUAAAGAUACAUACAUUAACACUCCCAACAAAAAGAGAAAAACAGAGAUUUUGGGAAUUUAGGGUUCAA